GUCACGGAGCCGAUGUAAAGUGCGUCCACUGGCACCCGCAGAAGGGGUUGAUCGUUUCCGGCAGCAAGGACAACCAGCAGCCCAUCAAACUCUGGGACCCCAAAACGGGCCAAGCGCUAGCUACUUUGCAUGCUCACAAGUCAACCGUGAUGGAUCUCAAAUGGAACGACAAUGGCAACUGGCUGGUUACCGCCUCGAGGGACCACCUGUUGAAGUUAUUCGAUCUGCGUAAUCUCAGCGAGGAAGUUCAGGUAUUCCGAGGACACAAGAAAGAAGCCAGUGCAGUGUCCUGGCAUCCCAUUCACGAGGGUUUGUUCGCUUCCGGCGGGUCCGAUGGGUCCAUUUUGUUUUGGAAUGUGGGAACUGACAAGGAGGUCGGAGGUAUCGAUAACGCUCACGAAAGUAUAGUUUGGACCUUGGCGUGGCAUCCGCUUGGACACAUCCUAUGUUCCGGGUCGAACGAUCACACCAUUAAGUUUUGGACCAGAAAUCGACCGGGUGAUCAGAUGCGAGACAAGUACAAUCUCAAUACGCUUCCGGCCAGCUUGGCUGGUCUGGACGAAUGUGAGCUCGAGGAUCAUGUAGUGAUUCCGGGUAUGGGACCGGAAGAUAAGAUCGAUAUCGCCGAUAGUCUGGGAACGAACAAUAACGGUGUGAUUCCUGGGUUAGAUUUUGCAAAUGUAACCAACUUCAACGAUAAAAUGCGGGAAAAGAAAAUUCCCUACAGUAAACCCAUUCCGCGGAACUUCCAAGCCCAGUGGAACGAAGCGAGUAAAUACGAUGAACCGAUCAACGUCAGUUCGUCUGAGGAUAUUAAGGAUGUAAUUACGCAUAUAGCUGACACAACUCUGGUUUCAGCCAGCAGUAAAAUGGCUCCGUCGGCUAUCAUUUUGUACGAUCGAGUGAUACCAGUGCAACCAUGUUCCGAUUUGGAGAAUGCCAUCCUGGAUGGACGGGAAGCUCUGCAUAAAUACAUUCUCAUGGGCCUGAUCCCGGAAAUCCAUGACAUCAUACCGCCAAUCACGGAACUAGAUCUGCUUAGCCUGGAACAGAAUGGCGUUGACGAGUACGCCAGUCGGGCGAACCUGGAGAUAGAUCCUACCUUCAUCUACAACAAAUCAACCACGAGUAUUGAACCUUCCGAGCCACCAGAUGCAACCGAGCCGCUCCUUUCAUCGACAUCGCUGAUCAAGCGAAGGUCUCCUCCACCGCCUCCUGAUCCUACAGCCGGCAUUCCAUCCUUGCUGCAGCUAGACAUUUUCCCUCCUCCGAAUAUCAACUUCAGCACUGACGAGCGAGAAGACGAAAUGGCUCUGAGAAACAGCAAAAAGGGACGGGAGCGAGAGAAGGCUAAAGAGCAAGAAAUAAUCAAUCAAGAACAAGAGAUGCGACACUGGGCAGAACAUAACGACGUCAACUGGGAUGACGAAAUGGAAGACGGCCCCACCAUCAAAAGCGAACCCGCCUUCAGACAGCAUUCUCCGGAGCAUAACAGUAACGGCAAGUGGUCCAGCUACGACAACGAUGGUGCAGACGCCGGAGGACUGGGAGGAGACUCCUGGGAGCAGGAACUGAACGAACCCAAAAGCUUCGGUGGAGAUCGGACCAGGGACAGCAACAGUAGAGAUGGUCCUGGCAACGGCUUCCAAAAACAACAGUCCUCCAGCUUCAACUUCAAUCAGGGUCCUCCACCGGGCAACUUCGGUGGACCAAACACGUUCGGAAGCUUUAAUCCCAAUGCCGGACCAAACACUUUUGGCUCUGGUCCAGGGUCCAACACCUUCAAUCGACCCCCGAAUACCUUCAGUCAACCUCCGAACAGCUUCAACCAAGGUCCAAAUACUUUCGGCAACAAUUUCAAUCCGAAUCUACCGCCUGGACCACCACCCAACUUCACCGGAGGACCUCCACCGAACUUCAACGCCGGUCCUCCCGGAAGCUUCAACCCCGGCGGCCCACCACCAGGCAACUUCAACGCCGGUCCUCCAUUCGGAAACUUCCACUCCGGCCCACCACCACCAAACAAUUUCAACAACUUCAACAACGGUGGCGGCAACAACUUCGAUGGCGGGAACGAUGACUGGGUGCGUAACAACCGCGGUGGUCGAGGGAACAUGCGCGGUGGACGAGGCCGGGGAGGCUUCCGAGGGGGUGGUAACAACAACAACUGGAGAAACUAAAAAUAGAUUGUGGCCGCUCCGAAACACAUUUGUACAUUUACAAUCUUUCAUCCCAUUGGGAAGGAAAGCAUUCGAACCAAUCAGAGUCGAAUCCUGGAAAGCGAGCUGAGCGAUCCUAGCUAGUUGACUAGCGGUAACGUUUUAAGUGCGAUUAGUUAAUUAUUGUGUAUGCGUAUGGUACUGAACGAACGAGCAAGCGAACGCGAGUGGAAGUGAUGAUGAGGUCGUGAAAAUGUGUAUAACGAGCCCAUUUCCUAAGUUUAGAGAGCAACCACGUACCGGAGGUUACAAGCAAGCAAACAUUUAAACAAGCUAUAAACUGUGUAAAGCUAAAGUAUAAGAAUAAAAAAAAAUCAGUAUAACAAACAAAAA